AUGGCUCCAGCUUCAAACGAAGAACAAUUCAAGUUUCUUAUUAGCUGUAUUCGAUACAGUAACAAUGGAAAGGUAGACUUCGGUCAAGUAGCCAAAGAAUGCAAGAUCGUCACCAAAGGUGCCGCCGCGAAACGCUACGAACGCAUGAUGCGCUCCCACGGCAUCGCUCCCAACGCCGCAUCCAUCAAGCCUGCCCCUGGCUCCUCCUCUCCCACCUCCAACCCCUCCUUACCACGCAGCAAAUCGACCAACAGAAAACGCAAAUUUUCCAACGAAGAUGAGAAUGCAGAUGAUGAGGAGGACUCCUCUUCCAGCCAAGGAACGAGCAGAAACAGAGUCAAGAAAGAAGUGAAGAGCGAGAUGCACGCGAGGAAUGCGGUGAAGGAGGAGAUUUAUCGAGAGGAUUCGCCGAGCGCGCAGUUGAGAGAGGGGUUGCAGAUGCAGAGGGGCUUGGGAGCGGGAUUGUGUGAUUGGGUUUCUAUAGGGGGGGAGAGUAGUGUGGCGGGGAGAGUGAGGGGGGAGGGGGAUGCUUUUGAGUUUGAUGGGGAGGGAUAUGCAAAUGGUGUAGAUGUGAGUGGAAUUAGUGCUGCUGGUGCGAGCUCUGGGGCUGUGAAUGCGUAUGGUCAGCCGCAGAAGGGAUAUGGUUUUAGCGCGGGUGGAUUUGGUGGAAUGAUGAGUGGUCACGGUAUGAUGGAAAGCGGAACUGGUAUGGGUGGUCACGCUGGACAGAACAUGAUGGCGUCUAGAAGUCAUGCUGCAGGAUCAAACGGAAUGGACAUGAGUGCGCAGGAGUAUUGGGGUACUGGACAAGGUUAUGAAAGCGAAGGUGGUUCGGAGAGUCCUUUGUUGGUUGAAUAG